AAAAAAAACUAAAGAAUCUUUCAUGGCUCCUAUGCUUGUAUAAUAUGUAUAAAGAAAUCAACAAUUGAAAAACCUCAAAAAACAAACACAUUUACAUAGUUUCAUUUUGUUCUGUCUCACUUCUCAUUCUCUACACCAAACAAUUGUCAUCACACAAUGCUACUAAGAAGUUCAAUUUCCAAAUACAAGAAAUUCUUCCAAAAAACUCUAAACAAAUUCAAGUCAUUAUUCUCUCCAAAUUACCAAAAGCUACCAAAAACCAAAGUUAGAGUAAUUGACAAUAACCGAAGUUAUAAUAAUGAAUUGGAAAAGUUCUACAAGGACUUCACUGAGAAAUGUGAUUCAGAAAAAGGAAAAUCAAGAAAAAGAAACAAGAAGAAAAUUGUGCUACCAUCAUCAUCAGAAAAACAAGAAGAGAAGAUACAUAACUUGGUUGGUUUGAAGAAUGAGAUGGAGAAAAGAGAGGAAAUUGAGGAGGAUCAAAGGAAUAAGAGGAGAUUAAUUCAUCAAAAGGGUAAGAAACAAGAUUCAUCAUCAAUGUUGAAAUGUAAGAGUAUGAUGGAAAAGAAGCUUAAAGAAUUGGAGAUGAUGGAAAUGAGUAAUGUGGAUUAUAUACUAGACAUUGAAGAGGUUCUUCAUUACUAUUCUAGACUCACUUCUCCUGCAUAUCUUGAAAUUGUAGAUAAAUUCUUCAUGGAAAUGUACUCUGAGUUUUUUGGUUCUCGAUCAUGAGAAACCAUUGAGGUCUUAAUUUGUAAUUUCUUAUGCUAUCAUGUAAUGUUUUUUGGAUUAUUCUUAAUUCUUCUUUGUAUUGUUGGUUAUAACUGUUUGGUGUGUCUAUAACUUUAAUUUAUUUUGCUCAAGUGUUUUGUUGAUCAAUGAAACAAUUUGACAUGCACAAUCAAA